AGAGAGAGUCUCCAUGUGGGUUCUUAGCGAUUGAAGCUUUUGUGACCGGGAAACUUCAAUUACAAUGGGUUUUCAUCGCCAUUUGAACCAGGAAACCCACCUAACCUGAUUCAUUCAUGCUUUUGAAUUUAGAGAAGAAGAGAUUUCUGGAGAAUUAGGCUUCUUCACACUUCAUAAUGUCAAUUACUUUACUGUGGGUUGUCUCACCCACUGAACAUCCCAAUAAUCUAGGGUUUUCUAAUUCAAUUCAAGAGACAGGGCAAGUUUCAUGGACUACAAAGACACUGUUAAAAAACGCAAGUCUUGGUUUCGAUAAAAGGCUUCGACAAAAAAAGAAUGGGUUCUCUGUUUAUGCAAGCAUGGUUGCUAGUCCACCUAAAGAAGCCGCCUUGUCAUCAGAGAGAAAGGUCUAUGAUGUGGUGCUCAAGCAGGCUGCUCUAGUGAGAGAGCAGGUGAGAUCAAAAUCAGUGCUCGUUGUAAGGCCAGAAAUGGUGGCUCAUGGUAGUUUACAAGUGCUCAAUGAAGCUUAUGAUAGAUGUGGAGAAGUGUGUGCAGAAUAUGCAAAGACCUUUUACCUGGGCACUUUACUCAUGACCCCUGAGAGGCGAAGAGCUAUCUGGGCUAUCUAUGUUUGGUGUAGAAGAACCGAUGAGCUUGUAGAUGGCCCAAAUGCUUCCCAUAUAACACCUUCAGCUUUAGAUAGAUGGGAGAUGAGGUUGCAUGAUCUCUUUCAUGGCCGCCCUUAUGAUAUGUUAGAUGCAGCAGUAUCUGAUACUGUAUCCAAGUUCCCUGUAGAUAUACAGCCAUUUAAAGACAUGAUAGAAGGAAUGAGGAUGGACCUCAGGAAGUCAAGAUAUGCGAACUUUGAUGAGCUCUAUCUCUACUGUUACUAUGUGGCUGGAACUGUUGGUUUGAUGAGUGUGCCUGUUAUGGGCAUUGCAUCCGACUCCUGUACAAAAACAGAGAACGUGUAUAAUGCAGCCUUGGCCUUGGGGAUCGCGAAUCAGCUCACUAACAUCCUUAGGGACAUCGGAGAAGAUGCCAGGCGGGGGAGAAUUUACCUACCACAGGACGAGCUUAAGCAGGCCGGGCUUUCGGAGGAGGACGUGUUUGCGGGGAAGGUGACAGAGAGGUGGAGGGAAUUUAUGAGAUGGCAGAUCAAGAGGGCAAGAAUGUACUUUGAUGAAGCCGAGAAGGGCGUGCCCGAGCUCAACCCAGAGAGCAGAUGGCCGGUUUGGGCAGCAUUGUUGAUAUACCGUCAGAUUCUGGAUGAGAUUCAGGCCAACGACUACGAUGUGUUUUCAAAGAGAGCCUAUGUCAACAAGGCCAAGAAGCUGCUCUCUUUGCCCGUUUCUUACACUAGAUCCAUUCUUAAAACCUCCGCCUUGGCCCCUAUAAAAUACAAACAAAUCCGAUUGUAAAUCUUUCACCGGGCUCUUCAUGAAAAAAAAAAGAUACAUUAUUUUAUGUUUAUCAACGAUUAGGUUAUUCAAUGCCUAAGCGUUCUCCUUGUAAUGUUCUUGUAGCUUGUAAAAUUAAUAUGUUAAUGGAAAUGCAAUUGAUUAA